UCGCUCUGCCCAGUUGCAGCCCGUUCCGCAGAGGAUCUCCACUGUAACGGCCGUGAGCCAGGUGGCGGCAGCUCAAGGGGUGACCAGCGUUCAACCGGCCCGCAGUCUCACUGCCUCUCAGCUGCAGGCCAUGCGCCAAGGCAAUUUCCUGCGCCAACAACAGCAGCAGCAGCAGAGGAUGCAGGAGCAGCAGCUCAAGCAACAGCAGCUGAAGCGCCUCCAACAGCAGCAGCAGCAGCUGGCCGCGGCCGGGGGCACCGCUCAGGCCACUGUAGCAGUGCCCGUCAGCCUCGCAGCGGGUGCGGCUAAAGUCGCGGUUCAGCAGGCGCGCCCCCUGUCACAGCAACAGCAGCAGCAGCAGCAGCAGCAACAGGUCACCACAGCACAACAACAGCAAGCUCAACAACAACAACAGGCGGUGGUGGCAGCUGUGGCAGCCGUAAAGGCGGCCACGCCUCUGGGCACCACGAAGCAGCAGACGGCCAUAACGCGCAACCUCACGGAGGCUGAGAUGGCUCAGCUGCUCAAGCGUCGGGAGCUCCAGCAGAAGCAGCAGAUGGCAGCGGCCCACCUCCUGGCACAGGCGCAGCUUCAACAGCAGCAAGCGCAGCAACAGCAGCAGGCAGGCCAACAGACACAGCAGGUGGUGGCAGUCUCCCAACAACAGCAGCAAACUUUGGCCGGUGCGGUGCAGACGCCCGUUGCCACACUGGUCAAAACGGUUUCGGCACCAUCGGCGCUCGGGCCCAGCCAGACUGCCGUCACGAUCCCCGUCUCAGCAGUCACCAUGGCGGGCGUCAACAUCAACGUUAGCCUUGCACAGCAGGGUAAAGUGAAUGCCUCAAAGCCGACCACCACGGCCUCUGUGACGCCGCAGCAGAUGCAGAUGCGGCAGUUGCAGAUUCAGCAGCAGCUGCUGCAACAACAGCAGCAACAGCGGAAGGUUACACUCCAAACACAGCAGAAGGUGGCUAGCCUCUCCCAGGCUCAGAUGCCGGCAGGCAAAGCUCCAACUGUGGCCACUCAGUUGGGCACAGUGCAGAUAGUCCAGCAGGGUUCGGCACAAGGGGCCAAAACCACAACCCUGCCAUCAGCCACAGCCAUUACCGUACAGCAGAUCAUCAAGCAGGUGCUGCCUGUAAACCAAAACUUUCUGAUGUCAAGUGCGAUGCAGGCAGCGGCAGGUAGCUCCAGCGGCGCGACCACAGUGAGUCCGGCAACUCAGGUGCAGCUGCAUGCCAUGCUGCACAAGCCGGCCGUGAGCACGGUAGCCCUUGCUGCACCGACAGCGGUCUCUUCGGGGGCCACUGCAGCUACCCUGGUGCCCACCCGCAUCAUGGCGCUGCAGCAGCCACCCGGGCAGCCCGCCACAGUGGCCCUCAAGCAGGGCCUGCAGCCCUCAACAUCCGACCAACACCCGCCAAAAGAGGCGGAGCACCGUCCUCUCAGUCCGCUCCAGACUCCGGGCGCCUAUGAUUGUUGUCUCUUUCCUCGAGACAUGUCCUCCCCUCCUACUACAAACAUCCUCGUGAUCGCAGCCUCGGCAGGCACGGCGCAAACCUCAACCUACACCGUCGAAGGCUCCGCAGCCACUCCCCUCGUCGCAAGCAUCGUAGCCGAUGCGGCUGCCCUCAAGCCCGUGGAAGGCGGCGCCCUGCCCAAAGCCAUCGCAGUGGCCGUCACAACAGCAGCCGCAGCGGCGGACAAUUCCGUGGUGCCCCCGAACGUGACGGCGCCAUCUUCGUCGGAGACCAUCACCCGGGCCGUCAGUGUCGACGUGAGUGCGGCCACCGUGCAGGCGGUUCAGGCAGCCAUUGAGGCGGCUCGUCAACAGGGCUCACUGCCGUACACCAUGCGCCUGAGGAACAACCCGCCCAAGCCCGCGUAG